AUGGGCGAAUCACCUCAUUCAGCUCAAACUUAUAAUUCACUGAGUACUUCCUCAACUUCAUCAAAUUCUUCAUUCCCCCACCAAACUCCAAUAAGUACAAGUUUACCUUCCUUUUCUUCUUCAGGUGCCAAUUAUAUUGCACCACUUACUCAAACAAGUGGAACAACAAAUAUUCAAACAACUGAAGGAAGUGGAACGUGGUCUUCUUCAUCUCAACAACAACGUCAGGCAACUCAGCAUGCUCAAAUUGCCUCUACUUAUCGUACCCCACCUUCUUUUUCAAGUCGUAAUGGUUUUGCUUCCUCAAGUUCUUCAGCCGCCUCUUCUAUUAUGAAUAUAACUUCACCUUCCUCUUUGAUCCCGCUGACACCAUUUAUGGAACGAUCAAAUUCCACAUCCACCCUAUAUUCGGUUUCUUCUCCUGUUGGACCCUUUCAUGAGAAAUCCUUAUCUACUGGUUCUAUUACAGUUAAUUUAAAAGAUAAUACAAUACAUGAUAUUAUUGAAAAAGAAAAAGAACAUGAACAUGAUAAAUAUGAUAAAUGGGGAUUAUUAAUAAAAAAAAUUUUACCAUUAUUUAAUGGUGAAGGAUUAAAGGCAUGUAUUGAAGAUUUGAAUGAAUUGGUAAGGAGUUGCAUAAAAGAACGUUCAUUAAAAUCGAUAUAUGAUGAUAUUAAUGUUCUCUUAUUAAAAGGGAUGUCAACAAUAAAUGGAAAAUUACGAGGAGUUCCUGAUGAAAAACUUGUUUCUCGAUUAGUUGAAUUAUGGUCAUUUUAUUUUGGAACGGUGAUCCCUUAUUUUGAAGGGGUUUUCCUUCCAUUACAAAUUCAAGUAUCAUCACAACAUCAAAGAGAUAGAGAUAAUAUGAAUGUAAGGCAUUUAGUAUUAAUGAGUUUUAGAGAUCACGUAAUAUUACCAAUAGGCGAAAGAGUGGAAGAUGCAUUUAAUAAAUUAUUUCAUGAUUUUGAUUCCGGAAUUCCUGUAACUGAUACAGCAGCUCGAAUGUUACAAAUGUCAUAUAUUUUAUCAUCUAUUCUUUCUGAUGAUGAUAAACAAAAAGAUAUGGAUAGAAUUUUAGGAAAAUUAAAAAAUAAUUGGAAAUUAUUUAUGCGACGUAGAGAUAGAAGAGUAGAUUAUUUUAAUAUGGGUAACAUUGUUACGACACCAACAACGACAACUAAUUCCAUGACGAAUGGAAUAUCUGCUACUACAAGUCCUGCAUUGUAA